AUGACCAUGCAACACCUUUACGAAUAUAGGCAUCCUAUCAUCAACAACAAUUUAUUACCGGGAGGUGACCCAAACUCUGCUCCUAAGUUUCCUACUUUAGAAUCAUGGUAUAACGCAGUUAACGAUUAUGAGUUUCAAUCUCGUUGUCCCAUUAUCCUGAAAAAUUCUCAUAAGAAUAAACAUUUCACUUUUGCUUGUCAUUUAAAGGAGUGCCAUUUUAAAAUAUUAUUAAGUUAUUGUGGUCAUCAAAGAGACGAUAAUGUAAUCCGUUCUCCUUCAAACACUAUUGCUGGACUUAAUGAUAAUGGUAGUAUUGAUACCAAUAGUAAUAAUAAUAGCAAUAUUCAUAGCAGUAUUGACCAUCACAAUGACAAUCAAAAUAUCGCUUCUUCUUUACUUACGGAAAAGACUGAAAACAUUGAAGAAAUACACAAAGGAUCAGCUGAACCUGAGACAGAUACUUUAUUGAAUGUCAAUAAUAAUCAUAAUAAGAAUACACAACCAUCUGAGGCAAAAGACGACGAAUCAAGGAAAUAUAUACCUAACGCCGAGGUCGAUGUCGAAUUAGCUGCAGCAGUUGCCAAAACUGCCUUGGAAAGUUCAAAUGUCAACGCAGACGUUAACUCUACUGAACUAAAUAAAUCAAACGGAGAUUUUCCAUCAAAUGAUAGCACAGAUAAUAGGUUAACUACAGAAAAUAAGAAUGAGACAACUGCUAAUAAAAAUGGAGAUGCUAACAAUAAUACCAACGUUAACGAUAAUGAUAAUAAUAAUAAUAGUGCAAAUAUUAUAUCACAAGGGUUUAAUCCCUUUUCGAAUGAGGCUAUUAUGGAUUCUCAAAGAUCUCAAAGAUCUAAAGAACAAAUAUUAGGUCCCUUUGUUGUUACGAAAAUGGAAAUUUAUCAUACUCAUCCAUUAGAGGCAAAUUUAACGCUGGAUCAAUUUGUAUUAACAAAGAUACCAAGAAUUUUACAAAAUGAUUUAGAUUUUGAUCAAACUUUAGAAGAAUUGUAUUCCUCGGGGAACCAUAAUGAAGUUACUAAAUUUAGAGUAUCUCAAUUUGUAGAAGAGUCAGGUAUCGUUGAUAUAAUAAAAGCAAGAUAUGGACUCGCCCAUGAAUAUUUCACAAAGAGAUACUGUUCUCUGAUUGCAAGACGUGUCACUACAUAUAAGGCAAGAUUUGUAUUGAAAAUGAAAAGAAAUGGAACUUAUAAUAUGGACCCAAAUACAGUGGUUAAACAUAGAAACAGCGCAAACAAUACCAUUGUCACAUCAAUUUAUUCAAAUCCAACUCAACGAUUAUUGAAUACAGGCCAAAACCGUGCAAUAAAUACAAUUGUUAGGAAUAAUAACAAUAAUAGUAAUAAUAAUCCAAACAAAGAUAACUCGCUUCCAGUGUCGGUAACUGAUGUCAUAAAUAGUGGUAACCAAGAUAAGGGACAACAACAACAACAAGAACAAAGAGAUUCUACCACCCCAGCAGAUAUAACGUCUGAGAGGGGUCCUAGACCAAACGAUCUUCUUCAUCAUGAUAUUAUAAAUUCUUCUUCUAAACAUGCUAAUAUGGAUGAUGUAUCUAACAAAAAUAUCACAGAGAUAACUACCUCAAAUGACAAAGAAAAAUCACCUGAGCAGGUCGUUGAUAAAAAUAGAGACACUAAUAAAGAGACUACGGCAACCAUCGCUAAUGUUAACGAAACACGUGACAAUAGGAAUAAUAAUAACAAUAAUAAUAUUGAUAAUGAACUGGAAUCAUUGACUACUCAAGAGGAAAGAAACAUAGAACGUUUAAAACAAUACCAAAGAGAAUCUUCUCAGUCUGAAAGACAAUAUCGUUAUCCUACAUUAGCUGAUAUUGAAAUGGAAGCUGUGACAUCUGCUCAACAUGCCAUAAAUGAAUCGCUUUCAUUGAAGAGAACUUUAGGUGAAGAUGAUGUAAAUGUUGUUGGUCAUGCUCAAAAUGCUGGCAUUGAAGAUAGGAAUAAACGUCAUAAACCUAAUACAGUCGCGCUAACAACAGCAGGAGCAACAACAACAAGUUUAGAAGAUCAUUCUGCAUUGAGUACUUUAGAAGAAUUACCUGAUGAUAAAUUACCUCAUGAUGUCGCAGAACAAUUAAGAUUAUUAUCCUCGCAUUUCAAAGAUGUAGAUAACAACCAUCCUCUAAAUCAUGGCAAUAAUGACGAUGAAGGACAUGACCAUGAUAAUAAUGAUGAAGAAGAAGUGGAAGAUGUGGAUGCAGACUUAGUCCGUGUCAUUAAUGCAGCAGCUGCAGCAGCAGCUGCCGCUCAUGGUGGAGAUGACGUCUCUUUGGAACAUAUUACUGCUGAACCAUCGCCCCAUUUAACAACUACUACCACUAAUACUACGAAUACUACCACCACAACUACCAAUACGACAGAGCGUAAUUUACUCGUUAUUGAUAGUUAUACAAAGAAUACUUCCGAAACACAUGACGAUAUUAACAAAUCUAAGGAAUCACAUGCAUUGGAUGAGAAUGAAAAUAUUCAACCUGAAUUAAGGGAUCAGUAA